UGCAGCACAGGUGGGCGUGCAGCAAACAGCUGGUGCUGGUGAAGACUGGAGGCUCCCAAGCCCAAGUCGUCUUGAGCUCACAAACGGACGUCGCCACAGCAGGAGCAGACUUCGGUGUACGCGGGCACUGUUUAUUUAUUUUCCUCAUUCGUCUUUAAAGCCUGUCAAUAUGGGUAACGAGGCCUCACUGCCAAUGGAGAUGUGCUCCAACUCGUCCUCUGACUACGGCUUCCAAAUGUUUGACGCCGAUGAAAUUCGUCGUCUUGGGAAGCGAUUCCGAAAGUUGGAUCUGGACAACUCUGGGUCUCUUUCAGUUGAAGAAUUCAUGUCACUUCCAGAACUGCAACAAAACCCAUUAGUGCAACGUGUUAUUGAUAUAUUUGAUGCAGAUGGUAAUGGAGAAGUAGAUUUCAAAGAGUUUAUCCAAGGCAUGUCACAGUUUAGCGUCAAAGGCGAUAAAGAAAGUAAGAUGCGCUUUGCCUUCCGCAUAUAUGACAUGGACAAUGAUGGAUAUAUUUCAAAUGGAGAACUUUUCCAGGUAUUGAAGAUGAUGGUUGGAAACAAUCUGAAGGAUACACAAUUGCAGCAAAUUGUUGACAAGACUGUCCUUUUUGCUGACAAAGAUGAAGAUGGAAAAAUAAGCUUUGAUGAGUUUUGCUCAGUAGUGGGCAAUACAGACGUUCACAAAAAGAUGGUUGUUGAUGUAUAAACAUGUAUUAUAAACACAUCAGGUUGUUGAUAGUGCCGCUGGCGUAAGGUGCAAUGUAAGUUAUUGCUGGUCUGAAUUAUUAUUUGAAUUAUAAUUAUGGUUAAUCAAUAUCCAGGUUGUUUUUAUAUAUAUAUAUAUAUAUAUAUAUAUAUAUAUAUAUAUAUAUAUAUAUAUAUAUAUAUAUAUAUAUAUAUAUAUAUAUAUAUAUAUUAAUUUUAUUAAGUUUCUUAAUCAGUAUUUUCAGUUCCAGAAAAAAUUUAAGACAUAACACAUGUGCUCCAAACUUUUUUUAUGCAACUGUACAUCAUAAGACAUUAGAUUAUAAUGAUAAUCCAUUCAGUUUAAUAUAGUUCAUUGCCUUCUUUCAAGAUUGGCAGCUUCAAAUAUCAUGCUUAUGUGCCAUAUUUAGACAUGUUUAUUGAUAACUCUAAAUUGCUUAAUAGUUCAUGAGCAAGUCCUCUUAUUGUAUAUAAUGGACAGACAAUUGUGACAAAAACAAAAAAGAAUAAAAUUAUUCUAUAUAGCGACAAUAACUUACAUGUACAUUAUGUAAAAUUCCAUAUUCCAUUUGAAAUUUAAAUAAUUUAACCCUUCCCUAAACUGUAUGUUGGUUAUACCUGUAAAGUCAUCUUUUAAGAUAUAUAUCUAUAUAAAUACAAUAUAUGAUAAAAUUAAUUUAUAACAUAUAUUGCCCCUUAGGAUAUUUAUGCUCUGAUCAAUUAAGAAUCAUUGUAAAUGUGCAAAGCCAUUACUUUAUUUCUGUCUAAAAUAUAACGCUUGAGAGAAAUAAUUCAUGGUGGGAUAGAAAAGUGUAAAAUGUAACACUUGAGAGAAAUAUUUCAUGGUGGCAUAAAAGUGUAAAAUGUAACACUUGAGAAAAAUAUUUCAUGGUGGCAUAGAAAAUUAUUUUGACCAUAAGCAUCCUUCCCUGGAGGUUCACUGAAUCCACAGAAAUUAUUUGAUGUAAAUUUUUUGAUGGAUUAUCAUUGCUGUGCUGCUGCAUAACUAUUAUGAUUUCUAUGUAUCAUAAUGUUUGUUAUUUGGUUAUCCUUGGAGUCAUAAGAAAAACUCUUAUCAUGGUGCUGCCUUUCGACCUCAUGCCCCACUUUUUUUUUUUUUUUUUUUUUUUUUUUUUUUUUAACUAAAUGGCCUUCAAAACUUCAUUAUUAUACUUUAAUCCAAGUCCAAAAUAUUUAUAUUUUUGCGGGGACUAGUGUCUAUAAGGAAGUCAGUGCUCCUCUUUCAAGUGUAGUUUGUGUGUGUGUGUGUGUGUGUGUGUGUGUGUGUGUGUGUGUGAGAUAGAUUCUAUACUUGCAUCUAUGCACAUGUCACUGUGCAUAGAUGCAUGCAUAAGAAAUAUGAACAGUUAUUAACUUCUGCCAUCACAAAAGAGAAGUAUAGGCUAUAACACUGCAAAAUCUUAAUCUACAUUCAUUGAUAUUCUUUGCUAUGAUCAGAAUAUUGUUCUUUAAAUGAGAAUCAUGAUUAUUGCCUCAAAUUAAUUCAUUUGAGGUUGAAAUUUGUGUAGCAUUGAGUGAAAUAUAUACAAAUGCAUAAUACUCAAUUAGUGAACAACAAUAUUUUUAUGGUGUAUGAGUCCACACAAAAAAUAAAUAGAAAAUGGAUUUUUAAUGCUCACAAUUUCUUAAUAUAUGGAAGUUUUAAAUUGAUGAAUUUGUAAGUGUUCAGUUAAAAUGAUCAGCUCAUAGCAUUAAGAUUUGUGUAAUCAGUUUUAGCCCGUUGCUUAAAAUAUUAUGCUAUGUUAUAUUUCAUUAUCUUAAGCAAAAAUUACUUCAUAUUCCAAACAAAACCUAUUGAACAUUAUUAUUAUUAUUAUUAUUAUUAUUAUUAUUAUUAUUAUUAUUAUUAUUAUUAUUAUUAUUAUUAUUAUUAUUAUUAUUAUUACUACUACUACUACUACUACUGUUAUUAUUAUAGUUGUUAUCAGUUGGUGGAGUAUACAAUGUAGAAAAAAAGGCAAUAAGCACUGCAUUGUCCUAUGUGCAAUACAUAGCAAUUGGUUGGCCAAAGAGGUCUGAGCCAGUGCUUGAAAUAACUAGUCAAGAUACACAUACAUUCAUUUUGAAUCCAGACCAAUAUUCUGUGGCUUACAUUGGUGACCAUUCAGAGACUUACUGCACUCAGUUUAGGAGAAAUAAUCUGACUGUGGAAGCUGUUGCAUACAACAAAGUGCUCCAGAAGUUUUUAUAUUACUUGAAAUGAUAGGACUUAAUAAGACUAGAUAGUCACUCUUUGUACUCUGAUGUAUUUAUGACAAAGGGGAUGUUAGUAUUUAUAUUUUUCAAAUAUUUAUGGCUUGGAGGGUAUAGCAUGGAUUUCAUUACAUGAUAAAUUUCCCUCCUUGGAUGUACAGAAAGAUGGGAGUUUUAUUCAUGCUUGUUAGAACUAGUCCUUUUCUUUCUCACUAUCAUGGUUUCAGAUCAACAUGACUACUGACUGUUCUGUCUGAAAAGAAUGCAGAUUUAUAAAAUUCAGCAAUUAUUGUAUAAGGAUGAAGCAAGCAUUCUGACUUUCUAUUCCACUGAAAACUUAGAACAACACAAUUACAAUAAUAUAAUAAAUAUGAUGGGUACCCAUGAACAUGUGCAUGAAAGGCCACAAUAUUUCAGUGCAGAUUCUCUCUCUCUCUCUCUCUCUCUCUCUCUCUCUCUCUCUCUCUCUCUCUCUCUCUCUCUCUCUCUCUCUCUCUCUCUCUCUCUCUCUCUCUCUCUCUCUCUCUCUCUCUCUCUCUCUCUCUCUCUCUCUCUCUCUCUCUCUCUCUCUCUCUCUCAGGUUAUUACCUAACAAAUCUUUGUAGAAAAAGUUAAUGAUGUAUGUUUUCAUGUAACACAAAUUAUUUCACUAAAAUUCUCAUGCAUAGAUAACUGUAUUAGACAUAUUGUGAAACAGUGAAAAGUUCAGCUGAGGCAGAUUUAGGGAGUGAGCAGGAUUCAGACAGCUAGCACAGACAGUACUGAAUGUAGCACAUGAUCAUCCUUGGCACAGUUUAAUUUAUAUCAGGUUUUCCUGUAUUAUUGCUUAGCUUUCUGUUUACUUAGAUCAAUUUCUUGAAUUUCAAAUGAGUUGAUACUGUUUCUGAAGUGUUUUAUGUUCAGGAGGGACAUUAGCAAGCUCCCUUAAAUUCUUUGGCUACUAUUGUUUAUAUAUAUUUUUUUCUCCAUAGAUCACCAUUUUGCUCCUCAAUACUGGUGGAUGAUGAGACACUGGAAAAUGAACUAGGAGCUAACCAUGAGAGGUUGUUUAAAUUUGAACCUCACACAAAUCUCUGAAAGCAAAAACAGUGAUUUAUAGUUGAGGUAUAUUCUGUUGGCCUUCUUUUCAGUUGCAUUAGUUUUUAACAUAGUAUAUCAAAACUAUAAAAGGCCUAGAAAAUUUUACCUAUGCAAGAGAACCUUCAGUAAAAUGGAACGGCAGAAUGCUUGAGAAUGUGAAAGGAAGGGGUGAGAGGGAAAUGAGAGGUUCAGAGCACAUGAGUAAAUGAAGACUUCUAUUACAGCCAUCCCUUUAAGGAAGUUAUGAGAAACAGUCAUCAGAUAUACAUAAAUAAUUUGAAAUGUGGAAUGCCUUUAUGCUGAUGUGGUAUCUCAACAAUUGAUUAUCUUUUAUAAUCAAUAACUACCAGCUAAUGACCACUGCAGUAGUGUGUAUGGUUACUGAAAUAUGCAGGCAUGAGUUAAAAAUAAUUAAUAAAUAAAUGGAUUGGGAGCAUACCUUAAGAGAAAAACCUGAAAUGGUCACACUGCACAUGUAAAAUUUUCUCUAUUUCAGAAAUAACAUUUCUCAUUAUAAUACUGUGAAUGAAUGGCUGUCUUCCCUCUUUAUGCUUUCAAUCAUCAUCAGUAGAUAAUAUGUAUUAUACAGUAGGAAAACCAGCUGGAAGUGUAAGUACACAUUUGUAAUUUAGAUGAGUGGUGCAUUACUACUGUUGAGUUUUUUGGAGUUCUAGAUUCAUUGAAAUAUAGAAUAUUAAAUAAAUUAUGAAAUGUAGCUUAGAUCUUUCUGAAAUUUUCAUUGAAGGCAUAAUAUAGUAAAGUGUUUUUAGUAUUGUUUCUGAGGGAACAUGUUGCCAUCAGAUUGUAUGCACACUUACCUGUUGAAGGAAGUCCUGAAGAGUGAAGCUCCUUUCUAAUUUCUGGUUUUGCAUUGCAUUGUACAUACAGGAAUAUUUGUAUAGUUUUUGUGUAACAGUGUAUACAGGUUUGCAUCCCCACUUUGAAAAUAAUUUUUCAUGCAGCACAUAACUCUUCAUCCUCCAAGAGAUAACACUUUUCUCUCUCUCUCUCUCUCUCUCUCUCUCUCUCUCUCUCUCUCUCUCUCUCUCUCUCUCUCUCUCUCUCUCUCUCUCUCUCUCUCUCUCUCUCUCUCUCUCUCUCUCUCUCUCUCUCUCUCUCUCUCUCUCUCUCUCUCUCUCUCUCAACAUUAUUGUGUCUUAUUUUAACUUUUUUUUUUAUUGUGAAGCCAACAGAAGCAUAUUUCCAAAUGAAAGAAUAACUUAUGUAGAUGUUUCCCUAUUAUGAAUGUUUACAUAGUCAACAUUUCUGGCUGAGUUAACACAGUUCUCUUUAAGGAGAACCAUGUUUUAUAUAUUUUGACCUUGAUAUGUGGUUAGAAUUGCCAAACUAACAUAGGUAUAUGAUGUCAUUGUGCUCUCACCUUUGAACAAGUAUUUAGUUGGCCUAGUGUCAUUUGCUAAGUAUGGUACAGAUUCUUACUCACCUUUCAUCUCAGAAGCCUUGUUGUUGUUGAAUCACCACAUUUGUUAUAAGAUCUAUGUUACAAGGUGUAUGUGUGUGUGGGUGUGUAUGUGUAUGUGGAUGAGUGUGGGUGUUUGUGUAUGUGUGCAUGCAUGUGUGCACAUGCUUGCCACAUAAAUACAUGUGCACACAUACACAAAUAAGCCCACAACCAAAUGUGAUGUUUCAGAAUUUUCAGAUAUUGCUGUCAACUUGCUUAUUGUAUAUUAUUUUACUUCUACUUUUGCUGACUGCAGUGCUUAACUACACACACACACACACACACACACACACACACACACACACACACACACACACACACACACACACACACACACACACACACACACACACACACACACACACACACACACACACACACACACACAUUAUAGUACUGCUCAGCAUAUGUGCAUCAUUACUUAUUUUCUUUGAGGGUUGAAAUGGGGUUCUGCAUAUUCUAUCAUCUUUAUUGUCUGUUAGUGUGUGUGUGUGUGUGUGUGUGUGUGUGUGUGUGUGUGUGUGUGUGUGUGUGUUUUCAGUACAUUCACACAACUGUUUGUAUGUGAAGUUUGAUAAACUAUAUUCGUCAUGGUAAAGUUAUAUCCACUUAUACAAACAAACUUGAUUUUUCCCCUUUUCAAAAUACACUCCCUGUAGUUCUUGAUAAAUAAAUGUAGUUAGCUACCACCUUUAGGAUUAGUACUAUUCUGGAAUGGAAUUAGAAAUGUAAAAUUAAAGGUAACCUGUGAUAGGAUUUAAAGUAUGAGAGUAUGAUCUAGCACAUUUACUUCUUUCAUAAGUAUUUUAAGUUUGGAAAUGUGAAGAUAUUUCUUAAUAAUGACAGACCAUGACUGAUAAAUACAUGGAUGUCAAUGUAAAUUCUUAUCAGAAAUAGGAAACCAUCCAUAACAUCACAUGUGAUGGUUCAUCAUAUUGUUUAUGAGUCAAGUAAUUUUUGUAUCAGUUAAAAUAAGUUAGAUGUUAUAAAAAGAUCUAAAAAUCAAUAGAAAGUCAAGGUCUGAAUGAAGGAAACUGCCCAGUUUUAAAACAUAUGAGUGGUCAUUGACCAUGUAUUACAACAGUUAACUUAUUGUACACCAUUUACAGAUUAAUAAAUGUUUGUUUUUGGCA